CCGGAUUCGCCUGCGGAACGCACCUGGAGAGCGUCUCGGUAGUUUUUUUUCCCCCCCCUUGCCCCCUUCCCGCCUUCCUCUUUCCGCCAUCCAAGACUCCCAGCUGACGCGUCGCUCACACGCGUCAGAGACGGCCUCUGGCUCAACGCAGGCAGGCCCUGAAUCUCCGUAGCCAUUUUGGCUCAAGCUUGGCUCAACUUGCUGUGGCGAUGCGCGCUGUGCUGGGCCUAGGCGCAGCAUUCUCACUCGCAGGGCUGCUUGUAUACACCCAGCGUAACGGCAGCGCGAGGCCGGUCGUGACUGGGGCACCAUCCCGCACCGUGUCAGCGCGCGCCGUGUUCGGGGCCAUCCGCUGGGAUGCAUGGAACGGGCUCGCUGGGGACGUGGUCUCAUCGACCGUGGCGCAGACGAUGGCCCCGGUCAAGUACCACUGGCGCCUCCCUUGGUACGCCACGGUCGACCCUGCGAACGAGACCAAGAUCUCGUUCAACGCCGACCGGCAGAGCAUCAUGGAUCAGGAGCUCCAGCUCGCGCACGCCGCGGGGCUCUCCUUCUGGGCCUACGACACGUACUGCGUCUGGCCGACGGACGCGCACAUCCCCGAAUGCCAGUUCUGGUGGGACACGGAGUCGGUCGGCUACAAGGCGACGGACCCGGCCUACGGGCUCAGGCUGCACCGCAACUCGUCCGUGAAGCACCUCAUGAACUUCUCCCUUGUGCUGCUCGGCUCGUCGCCCGCCACGCCGCAGCUGCGGCCCCGGUACCUGGAGCUCUUCGCGGACCCCAGCUUCCAGCGCGUGGGCGACAGGCCCCUCGUCUUCCUCUUCAACGUGGGCCGCCAGCAGGCCGACCACAUGGGCGGCUGGGCCAAGUGGCGCGAGCAGUGGGACGCCUUCCGGCGCGAGAGCAUCGCACAGGGGUCCGGGAACCCGUAUUUCGUCGCCAUGUGCGUCGGCGCCGCCAACCUGCACGUCGCCGAGGAGGCAAGGGCUGGGCUCGGCUUCGACGCCGUGUCGGCCUACGCCCUGCCCGGCGGCACGGUCGGCGGCACGGCCUUCGCGGCGCAGGCGGCGGAGGCCCGCGAGUUCUGGGGCCAGGCCCGGGCGGCCGGCUUGGAGCAGGUGGUCCCGGUGCCGACCGGCUGGGACCCGCGCCCGCGCGCGGACCACGAGCCGGUUUGGGUCAAGGAAGGGCCGGAGCACUUCCUGGAGCCGACGGCGGCCGAGCUGGCGCGGCUCGUCGAGGACGCGGCCGCCGCGGCCGCCGAGGAGGAGCCCGGGGUCGCGCUCCUGUACGCCUGGAACGAGAACACUGAGGGCGGUUGGCUCCUGCCGACUCUCGGCAACGGGACGACACGGCUGGACGCGGUCGCAGCGGGCUUGAAGAGGAGGGCCGGGGCCGAGCGGAACCAUGCGCUCUGGCAGUAGUCGGAGCCGAUGUGGUUGCAGCGGGGGCUGUCUCCAUGACAAAUAGUUUUGCAGUGUUGCUGUUGAAUUGCGCACGAGCCAAAGCGUGCAGUCACAUGAUGUUGUUUUCACAAUUGACCGUGCUGCGUUUGAUUGGAGCGGCGCUGGCAGUGAGAGCGGGUGGCACGCGCGGCGAAAGGCGGGGUGGCCAGGGAGGGGGGUAACGAAGCAUAUCAGGUGAUGCUCAAGGCUGGGGUACGGAAACGGAUUAUUUUCAAGUAAGGAAGGUUGGGAGCGAGCUGGAUGAGGCUCGGGCGCCAUUCGUGGCCUCUCCCGCUCGGAUCAGGAUUGUCUUCUGGCGCGACGCAUUCCGUCCUGUUCGCAUCUUGUUGGUGGGUGCAUUUGCAAGUUUGCCGCAGCCACUGGCCUUCACGCCUAUUUUAGUCAGAUCUUUUCUGGCAGCCGCUGUAGAACCGAAGUUGGGCUCUAAUAUAUCACAGCAAGACCGCAGCUUGCCGAAGCCGCUGUCCACUUGUUCGCGCCACUGCAGCCUUGCCGUUAUUGCAGCAUGCGAAGCGAACACAACAAAAUCGCAGGCAGGCCCUCAAUCUGGGGCCUCUGUAUCCACGUUCACUCGCAGGGGUCUCGAUCGCGCUAGUUUAGUUUGCUUACGCAGGUCCCGCUAACGCCUGUAAAGAGAGGCCAUGGUUGCUAAACACCGCCCGCCCCCUCCCCCAUGGCCUCCACAGAGGGAAUUGACCACGGACGAUCGUGCCCAUGCCGCCGCGGCGGAACAGCUUCUGUAUGAAUCGUUGCCGCUCUGAUCUUUGUGAGCCACUUGUUCCCGCGGACCUGUAC